UUAAUGGAAAAUUAGUGUUGUGUAAAGCGUUGCAUUUUCUCUCGGAAAAUGCCCAUAAGGCAGAGGUUUCUUCUUCUCGUUCUCGCAUCUACCGAGGAAAACGAGAACGAUAACAAAAACGAAAACCAAGAACAAAAUCAAAAACCAGAGGAGCAGCUCAUGUUCAAUUCCUCCAUUCUUUUCAUGGAAAUCGAACAUUAGCUAUUCUAAUUCGCCUCUCAAUCCAGGGAAGACGAAACCCACAACUCAAAAAAGCAACUUCUUCAUCAUCAUCAUCAUCAAACCCUCUUUCUUUUUCUCUUUCAUCUCCGUUAAUCUCCCCAAUUCCCUCUCUCUCUCUCCUUCUCUUAAUGUGGAGUGUUCUUGAUUGUGAAUGAUGGGAUUUGGAUUUACUUUUGCUGUCAUCAAACCCUAAAUCUUCUUCUUCUUUUCUUCUUUUUGUUUUGUUUUGUUAUUUUUCUCUGUUUAUACGUUUGUUAAAUUUCUUUGUUCUAGGAAUGCUGGCUACCUGAAUGUUGAUAGGACCGUUUUGUUUCCUCUUCCAUCCCGCUUUCUCUCUCUCUCUCUCGUUUGUGAGCUUGUUUGAAAUUUGAUUUUCCUUUUUUUAACUUUCCCUUUAUAACCCAUGUUGUUCCUUGGGAGGACUCGGGUGAACAAGAUUUUUGCGGAUCUGACAUUCAGUCAAUGUCCUCUGCAUUCUCUACAUUUUCCGUCCUGAGGUGUUUUCUGCUUCUGGGAUCUCAGAAAUCGUUGCUUACCCUUUGGAUUUGCUCAAAUUCAUGGUCGAGAGAUAGGGUUCCUUGUUACUAUUUUGGGCGUUUAUGUUCCCCGAUGAUCAAAUUUUCCUCCUGGGUCUGAUCUUCUUUUUGUUAUCGAAUCGUUUCUUCACAAUGCUCAAGCAGAUCCUCAGCAAGCUUCCUCGGAAGUCAUCCGACUCGUCCGAUUCACCAAGAACACCGCGGUCUUCAUCGCGUUCCAGUCCCAGAAGUAGCUCUACAUCUUCCGGCCCUGGGACCCCAAGAUCGAGCGGUGGAGCUUCUGCCUCAGGCCGGACCAAUGCUACUAAGCGAACUUCCUCUGCAGUGUUCCCGGCGAGCCUCGUGGCCGGAAUCGAGCCAUUGGUGCCUUUCAAAGACGUGCCCUCUUCCGAGAAGAUGAAUCUCUUCGUGAGUAAACUGAGCCUUUGUUGUGUUACCUUUGAUUUCACGGACCCCAGUAAGAAUUCCAUAGAAAAAGGUGUUAAAAGACAAACGUUGAUUGAACUAGUGGAAUUUGUUAAUGCUGGGUCCAUGAAAUUCAGCGAACCUGCGAUUAAUGCCUUGUGUAAAAUGUGCGCUGUUAACCUGUUUAGAGUCUUUCCACCGAAUUAUCGAGCUAACAUGGUUGGUGGUGUUGUUCUUGGUGGUGAAAAUGACGAUGAUGAGCCCACGUUUGAUCCUGCUUGGCCUCAUUUACAGCUUGUUUAUGAUUUGCUGCUUAAGUUUAUACAUUCUACUUAUGUUGAUGCUAAGGUAGCAAAGAAGUAUAUGGACCAUUCGUUCAUUUUGAGACUGUUGGAGUUGUUUGAUUCGGAGGAUCCUAGAGAAAGGGAAUGUUUGAAGACGAUUAUGCAUCGGAUAUAUGGGAAGUUCAUGGUUCAUCGGCCUUUCAUUCGCAAGUCUAUCAACAAUAUAUUUUAUCGGUUUGUAUCCGAGACCGAAAGACAUAAUGGCAUCGCUGAGUUGCUGGAGAUAUUCGGAAGUAUAAUCAGCGGGUUUGCAUUACCUCUUAAAGAGGAGCACAAGAUCUUCUUGUGGAGGGUUUUGAUUCCUCUGCAUAAGCCGAAGUCUGUAGGUGCCUAUUUUCAACAACUUUCAUACUGCAUUACACAGUUUGUAGAGAAGGAACCAAAGCUAGCGAGUGUUGUGAUUAAAGGACUGUUAAAAUAUUGGCCGAUAACGAGUAGUCAGAAAGAGGUAAUGUUUCUGGGUGAGUUAGAGGAGAUUUUGGAAGCAGUUAACAUGGUGGAAUUUCAGAAAGUCAUGGUUCCCUUGUUCUGGCGAAUCGGAUGCUGCAUAAACAGUUCGCACUUUCAGGUGGCUGAAAGGGCCCUUUUCUUGUGGAACAAUGACCACAUCGUAAACUUGAUCGCGCACAACAGACACGUGAUAUUGCCCAUCGUACUUCCCGCCUUAGAGAGGAAUGCCCAGAUCCACUGGAACCAAGCAGUGGUGAACCUAACCCUUAACGUUAGAAAGAUAUUCAUGGAGAUGGACGAUGAGCUAUUCAUAUCCUGCCAUGCCCAUGCCAAGGAGGAAGAAGCAAAGAUAAGCUCGGCAGCCAACAAACGGAAGCAGGUAUGGGAGCAACUCGAGAACGCAGCUGCGAGCGUCCAACCAAUGGCCGGGAAAACCGCUGUGCUGGUAACUCCCUUAGCAUCCUCAAUAGCCUGCUGAAGUUGGUUCCAUUGAUGAUAAACAUGUAAUGUAAGAUUCCCUCACUCCCACUCUCAAAUCAGUGCCACUGCCACACCCCUUUAUUUUCUUUGUUUUUCUGUUGUCUUUUGCAAUUGAGGGUGGAAAAUGGAAAUACCAGAGGGGAAAUGUGAUGUGUUGGUGGGUAGGAAUGGGAAUAUGUAAUUUUGGGUUGGUUGGUGCUGUGGCAGCCAAUCUUUGUAACCUUAUUUUGGAUCCUGUAAUUUCUCUGUCGCCAUUAUGACGUUGGAUGUUAACUCCUCUGCAAGUUCAUCGGAAAGUUCUUGCAGUGCAUUUCAGAAAAUCUUUUCCCCUUC